AUGGAACCGAUCGAUAGUGACAAUCAAAGUGUCGAAACACUAGUGUUCAGCGAAAAUGAUUACAAUACCAGUGCUGAUGGGACUGACAGUCCAUUUGAUGUAUUGUUGCGACGGAAGUGGACGGAAGCCUCGGCUAAAGACAAUGUGUUUCGCUAUAAAGUCACCGAAAACUCAUUGCCCGCCAAACAGCUGUCCGGCCGGUACGGUAUGAUCGCGCAGUUGAAUGAGGGCCGGGCUGUUAAUCGUAGGCCACCGCAGACUAUGCGCGCCAUUCGGCAGCCAUUCAAUGGACAGGCGUUUAAUUUCACGCGAAUUAAUAGACAGGAAAUACUGUUUAAAGUGGAGUCGAGUGAUGGCCGGACAUCCGGGACAGUGAUUGUCAACCAGAGUCCCAUCGAGUACUGCAACGCACUACUGGUGCCGAGUUUGGACGCGUGUCGGCCCCAAGUGCUGACUACCGACGCCCUCGAACUGGCCAUAAGUCUGGUGGCGCUCAGCGGCCGCCAGUCCCUGAGGGUUGGGUUCAACUCAUUGGGCGCCAUGGCGUCCGUCAAUCACCAGCACUUCCAUGUCUACUAUUACGAUCACCCGAUGCUGUUGGAGAGCCUCCCGGUGCGCGACAAUAGGCUCACCGGUUGGCCGAUCGAG